GGGAAGCCCAGAGUCUAGCUCUGGCCUGGGAGAAGCUAUGCCCUUCAGGUGACCAAUCCCACCCCCAGCGCAGACGUGCAGAUGUGCAGAGAGCCACGCUCACGUGGAAACACGCCACGCCACACGCGCGUGCAAAUAGGACAGGGCUCAGCACCCCAGGGCCUCCGCACACCGCGAGGUGCCUCUGCGGCCGCGGGCGGCCCCUGCCCUUUGGCCCGACGGCACUGAGUCACUCCGCGAACCAUUCCAGAACCUCGAAGGGCGGCCGACUGCUUCCGAAGAAAAGGUACUCGCUGCAAAGGGCGGAGACGCCGGUUUUCUCUGUCGGUCACAAGGGUUUUCCCCGCGGGGAGAAGAACUGAACAUGAGUCCCGGGAGAGAAUAUUCAAAAAAAAAAAAAAGAAAGAAAGAAAGAAAUCCACGGAACGCCCUCCAGUCCUCCGGAGCUCCCUUAAUACCCAGAGCAUCUCCUUCGGGUUCUCCUGCCCCCCCCGGGGCAAAACCCCACACCCCCGGGCCCCGCGAGCGCAUCUCCGCCGCACGCCCACCACGCCGUCCGGGAAACACGACCGUCCGUCCGUCCGUCCAGACAGGAGCCGCAAGCAGGCGAACGCUGCGCAGCGCCUUCCUACUUCGUAAAAAAGCACGGUCCUUUCUCCCUCGAGAGCGAGGGGCACACUCGACGUGGCCGCUGCCCGGCACUUCGAAGGCUGUCGCGGGGACGCGGCCCAGGGAAGAGGGCUCGCUCCGCUCUGGGGCUCAGGCUGCGGCUUCCGCGCCGGCGCGACGGUCUCGGGAAACUCAAGGCAAGAAAGUCAAGUGCACACUACACGGCAACGAAGGCAAAAGAGCUGGAGUUGACCUCCAAGAGGCCCCCAGCCUGGACAAGCAUGAAGUGUUCCAGAGAAACUACAGUCUGAGCUGGAGAACUCAGGGAAGCGCCCAGGGCAGAGCUGGUAAGCACUGGGACCGCAGAUGGACAUUCCAGGGGGACGAGAGGUCAGUCGAUCCUGGCGAACAGGAACAAGCCUCUCACUGGAAAAGAAGUUGCCCACGGGGACUCGAGGGCCCUGAACGUCAGGUUGAGGGACGAGCACUGUGCAAGGAGGAGACGGCCGUGCCCCGGGCCCCGGACUCAGCAGGAGAAGGGAGGAUGGCUGCCUCUCUCUGCUCCGCCCACGGAGGCGCCAUCCCUGUCUUCAUCUCCGAGGGCAGCUGCCCCGUCCCUCUUGUGAUUCCUUUCGCUGGAGGUCACUUGUCAGAUUAGGGAUGAGGGGAGACGUCCUGGGUGAGGAAACCAUGUGGUAAGAGAUAUUUUGGGUGCUGUUCAAAUCUUGGCAAAAGAACUUGUG